CGACAGACUUAUAUCUCCAGGGGCCAGUGCCUUGAUGCCUGAUAUCGUGGAUCGAACAUUCUCCAAGGCCGAAUCUUAAUACCAAACGCACCCAGCCACGAGAAACUCCUGGCUUCAGUUACAAUAAAGGCACUAUAGAGCCGCUGCAUACAACGCAACCUCGAUAUGUCUGGCACAAACUCAUACUUCGUUCCUGGAUAUGGAAUCUCGCGAACUGUAAUACAAAACGAGAUCCAUUACUAUUGUGGUCCGAACUCGAUCGUCCGACCGUAUACGCUCCAGGGACGCGACGGCUUCCUGGUAACAACGUCUGGUCCUCCUCUGACGCAGGCGCAAAUCGAGGAUCUCAAGAUCUCAUCCCGAGAAUACGAAGAAAAACAGUCAAGAAUAGCGGGCGAGGCCACUGUCUUUGUCAACAAGCCCAUCGCGGUACAUCAGAGGCUUCGAAGAGGCUGACGGCAGGUCCGACACGAAUUUGUUAAAACCACCUUCCAUUGCGGCGAGCUUGAACCAUUUGUCCUGCUUAGCGCAGCAUUUAUAAUACGUUUCCGUUUCGAUACCACUUGUCUGGGUAGGAGUGGCGCAGAUAGUCCCUUUUGUGGUUGGAGUCUUGUAUGUUGGACCUUUGCCUGCAGUUGUUUGGAAGAGAUCUCUCCUUGGAGAAGGGCCAUGCAUGCUGGACGGCGUUCAAUCAUGCUGCACGCUGAGAUGAUUAUACAUUAGCACUGGAAUUUGUACCC